AUGAGUGCCUUCAAUCACUCCUUCAACAAUUCAAACUGUAAUUUUGGCACUGGCAAUGAAAGGAGGGUCCCCUCAACGAAUGCUCUUCGCCGGCCACAACGAUCACAAGUACAUGGUGGUUUGGUGCGCAGCAGGCGGAGCACACCAGAAGAUGAAAAGAAAAAGGAGAUAGACGAUCUACUAUCUGAAGCGUUAAAGUCACUCACAUUCGAAGAACGGCAGGAGCAGCAAGAGAUCUUGCAUGGAGUUGCUGCAAAGAUUGCCGAGGAAGCAACCUUCAUUGAAGCUUCACUUCAAGAACUAGAAAGUCAUCUUAGCAACAUCAAGAACGGAAGUGUAUAUGAGAUGGCUGAAGAGAUGGACCCUGACUACGUUACCGCUAGAGCAUUUCAAGUGAUGUUUCUUAGAGGUGCUCGCUACGACUCCAAAGCUGCAGCAGAUCAGAUGCUCUCGUUUUUUGAAAUGAAGCUUCAAUUGUUUGGAAGCCAAAAAUUGGUAAAAGAUAUCACUCUUCAUGAUCUCGAUGAGGGUGAUAUUGAAUGCCUAAAGACUGGGUGGGUACAACUUGCGGGAAAAGACAGAUGUGGUAGACAUAUUAUUGUGAACCUCGUGGGGCUGAGAGAAGAUAAGAUGACGCUCCAGAAUGAACUUCGGGCGCAAUAUUACAUGAAGAUGAGCGUGCUGGAAUCAAAGGAAACGCAAAUCAAAGGGACGAUCAUUAUCAUUCACGCUGUUGGUGAUAUGAAGAGUAGAUUCCGUGACAGUGGAUAUUCUGAGAACGCGAGAAUCGCUACGGCAAUCCCCAUUCACAUGUCGGCUCUUCAUAUCUGCACAGACGAAGUCAAAUAUCACGCAUGCCUGCAUUCUAUCAUUAAAGUAGCUUCAAUGAAGCUAAGAGCGAGAUCCAGAUUCCACUAUGGGAACCAAACAGAAUGUUUGUAUCAAAUGUCUACCUAUGGCAUCCCACAAACUUUUCUGCCAGUACCCCCCAACACAAACAAAAUCUGUUUGCAACGCCAUUUCAGAUGGCUUGAGUCUCGUUUCAAAAUGGAACAUUUCGACCGUCCAUUGUCCCCAGCAGUAGCCGCCGCAGCAGUCUCCAACGAGCUUGUUAGUCCCACUGAGACUGAUGUUCUCGUUGUGGGUGGAAAUAAGAGUAAUAACAUUGGAAACAAAGUCCUGCGAGCUACUGUCAAAAGCAUGUCCCAAGCCUACCAAGCUGGAAGCAAGGAAUCAAGGCGUGAUUUGGUCGAUUGUGCUAUUCAUUCGGUUCAUGAACCCGGAGGUCGGUUUCUCAAACAGCAUACAGGCGGUGUAUGGAAAGAGUUGCCCAAAGAACAAAUUCGGAAGCUUGUUGCACAAGCAUUUCGCAAUAGCUACAAAUCCAGAAAUAGACAAAAAUAA